GCGCCGCCGCCGCCCCGCGAGGGCAUGGCAGGGGAGGCGCCGCCGCGGGCUGGGCGGGGUUGGGCUGGAGGCCGGCCAUCGCCUCUUCGCUCCACCGCCUGGUUGCCUCGCAGCUGCUGAGGCCUUCAAUUCGGUGGACUGCGUCGGUUGGCGUUCCGGCACCGACGCAGGCCGAGCUGCCAGCGGGGAAUCGAAGGGACGACCCGGGCUGUUUCUUGCCGCCUUGAUGGCAGAAUACCAUUGUAAGAUGGCUUUGUUAACUCGACAGAUAUCCAGAUGCUAUUGCUUGCUGAAGAAAAGCAACAUUGUAAACAGUAGAAAACUAAGAAGACAAUCAAUCAAAACAUGGACAUUUCCUCUAAAGCGACCAGAUUUGCCAUUGUUGUGGCAUCACAGAUAUUUCCACCAGCCAAUAUUAAAGAACUCUAGAACUCUUAUUUUUGAUAACCUCAGACAAUUUUGCAGUUCAAGUGCUGCCCCAAAUCCAAGUCAUGAAACUAGUUCACUUUCUCUGGUUUAUAAACAAACUGAACCAAGAUCAAGUUCUGACUCCGAAGUAUUGGAUGAUGGAUGGGAAGAGUCAUUGCCUUCAUCAGCCUUGGAGGAGAUUUCAGAAGAUGAAGCUGUUCAGAUUGCAGCUGUGCCACCACUUCCUUUUGAGUCUUUUACACUUCAGGAUUAUGUUGAUCAUUCAGAAACUCUACAGAAGUUGGUGCUUCUAGGAGUUGAUUUGUCUAAAGUGGAAAAACGUCCAGCUGCAGCUCAGUUUCUCCUGAAGUUAGACUUUGAAAAAGAUAUUACAAAAACACUUCUGUUCCUUAAGGAUGUUGGUGUGGAAGAUAAUCAUCUUGGAGCAUUCCUCACUAAAAACCCUUAUAUUCUCAGAGAAGAAGUGGAAGAUCUAGAGACCAGGGUGGCUUAUCUAGCAUCAAAAAAAUUCAGCAAGGAAGCAAUUGCACGGCUUGUCUCAGAGGCUCCAUAUUUACUUCUCUUCUCUGUGGAAAGGCUGGAUAAUAGGCUGGGUUUCUUCCAGAAAGAACUUGGAUUGAGUGUGAAAAAGACCAGAGAUUUAGUAACUCGUCUUCCAAAGUUACUGACCAGCAGUCUUGAACCUAUUAAAGAAAAUCUGAAGGUGUAUGAACUUGAACUUGGCUUUAGUCAGAAGGAAAUUAGGGACAUGGUAUACAGAAUCCCCAAGAAUUUGGGCAUGAACAAAAGGAAACUAACACAGAUAUUUGAUUACUUGCACAAUGUAAUGGACAUUCCUCACAACAUCAUUGGUCAUUUCCCUCAGGUUUUUAAUUCAAAGUUAUUACGAAUUAAAGAAAGGCAUUUGUUUCUUAAAUUCCUGGGAAGAGCACAGUAUGAUCCAAAGGAACCCAGCUACAUUGCCUUGGACAAGCUAGCAGCCAUUCCUGAUGAUGUGUUCUGUACAGAAGUUGCCAAAACAUCCAUAGAAGACUUCCAAAGAUUUCUGAAAACACUGUAAAAAGUUCAUUUUUGAAACAGUCACAAUGAAAAUUAAUACAGUUAAUUUAUUAACAUAAA